AUGGCGCUCACAACCUGCCAGAAAAUCGUUGCUGCCAUCGUGGCACUUGGUGCCAUGUGGUACGUGGGGAAGGUGUGGAUUCUGUACCUUGUAGUCGAACCUCUGUUAUCCCUUGUGUCCGAGGAGCCAGUACUGACGAAGAAUUUGAUACCACCAGAAGUUGCAGAAGAAAUUUCUGGUGGUAUGGAUCCAGACGAGGCACGGGCAAAAAGUUCCCAUGACACAGCGCCAGAAGAAACACAAAAGUACUCGUUCUUUUUGUUCAUCAUUAUGUCCCUGUAAAAAUGCUUGUGCUUCGUUCUCAAAAACGAGUGACCUGUGACGCGUUGUUUCAUCCUGAACGUGGGUAAAUCUUAGGACGAAAGAAUGAUAUUGAUGAACAUGAUCUAUCCCGCAGCACCACGACUAAGUUUCAAAUAUGUUCAUUAACGACUACAUUUACAUCGACCCUUGGUCUUUCUCAAGGUACUCUGCGAUUUUGCGCAAGGCACUGGAAAGUGUUGCAAGGAGAGACUUUACGCAAGCAGAGAAGUGGCUUGCUCGCUGUAGCGAUAGACGGAAAGUUCCGGCAAACUUGCUAGAAGUGGUCCAAGCUACUUAUAUCGGGUCGCGUUCUCCGAUGGCUGACUCAGCUUUGGACAAUGGCGUUCUCACGGCUCGCGGAGACGACGUCUUUGGAGAGUCGCUCUAUAAUCCCAAAAGACCGCGACAGAUAAUUGAAAAUACAGAACCUCCUGUAGUAAGAGAAACGCCUGGAGAUGAAGGACUUCUAGAUGAAGAAAUAUCAAAGACAGAAGAUGCGGACCAGAGCGCUAGAGGCACAACAUCACAAGAAGUUUCUGGAGCAGAGUUAGUGCAAGCGACUGCAACUUCCAGCGAGGAAGUAGAGUCGGUGUAUGAUCCCUAUUGCGUCAAUCGAAUCGGGGAGUAUAAGCUCACGGGCAUGAUCUACGAAAAGGAUUUCGUGCAGGUGCAAAUUAUUGAAAGUAUGCUGACGCACAACAUGAAUAUUAUUUAUUCAAAUAAUAUAAUUCUAAAUCUAAUCCUGCUACUGCGAGAACAAGAGCAAGAGGAAGGUGGAUCUAUGAUAUUCAUAUUUCUAAUCCUCUGAUGUCAGUGUCACCUUGCUCUCACAUCAAUGUCAUCAGGUGCAGUCGUCCAUCUAAUGUUCUUUCUUUAUUCAUCUACAACACCUCUCCUUCUUGUCUGUCACUGUCAGGCCGUGGAGUAUUUUGUAGAAGCAGCAAAUGUGGGAAACGAGGAGGCACAGUACAAUAUCGGGAUUCUGUUUGCGAAUAUUCUCGAAGAAGACCCGCACUUCGACAUUCUGAUGCGCAUAGUACUACUAAACUUGAUAUCAUCAAGAACUCUUACAAUACAUAUUUCAAUCCCAACUACAAACCACUAUUGCAUCAGAGUAGAUUUACUACUUUCGAAAGAGCGGUAUCAACAUGAGGAGUAGAAUAUAUAACAAAGAUUUUCGGAGGACUUUUUGUUUACGCGGGAGGAAGGUAGUUUCACUCGUACGCGCGUCGAAGCAAUUAUUGAACAGCGAGAUAUGCAUCGAGGACACUCCUUACUUUUACUACAACUACAUCAACUCACUACUCAUAUUGCAUUCAUCUUGAGCAGGUUCACGGUAAGCAGAUCCUAGAAGGUGGACAUCGAACAAUGCCAAAAUCGUCAAAGGAUGCGUUGAGCAUACUGUAUCUCUACGCGGCAAGCACUGCGGGACAUCCCGGCGCUCUCAUGGCUAUGGGCUAUCGGCACAAUGAGGGUUUCGAUGUGCCGAAAAUAUGUAUUUUUUUUCACUCGUUAUAUUUGUUGCAAAAUGAAAAUGUCUGACUCAAUUGUAAAAAGGUGAUAGCACACAAACUCAAACAUCCAUUUUCUUCCACAGAUGAAGAAAUAAAGGCCUUCCAGAUUCAAAUUUUUCGUCGUGAUUUUCACUCAUUUUGACGAUUUACUACAUUUCAACUUCGCAUUCCCAUUCUCCAUCUUCAUGGCCUCUGCCAGGUUCGACCGCUGCGCUGAACUAUAUCGAAGUAGCGAAGGGUAUCACAGAAAUUUACUCCAGUGGUAUGCCACAGGCAGUGGAGUUGAUACGGCUCAACCUCGAUCACAAGAAGAACAAGAAAAUGAUGAGCGAAGGCGAGAUUAAUCUAUUUACGCAGAUAGCAAGCAGUGGGGAUACUGCAGUAGCAGCUGCUAUCGGAAAAAGGUAUUCUUGUCGUGGAAAAUAUUACCGAUUGUUGUAGGUGAAGAUUGCUUUUCAAAUCUGAAUUUGUAUCGACACUUUGUUGGAUAGUUAGAUUCUUGGUCCUCUCGCAACGGCAACAUCCAUUUCUUGGUGCUUUUGCAUUCAAAUUCAAACGUCGAUCUUCAAGGUAUCUUCUUGGUAUCGACGGUUUUAAGCAGAACUAUUCCAAGGCUUUGGAGUAUCUCCGAUUGGCAGCGCAGGCCAACCAUGGUGGCAGCUUUGGUCUUCUCGGGUAUAUGUAUGCACUAGGUCUUGGAGUGGAACGGAACUUGGAGACCGCACACCAAUACUUCGUUUCUGCCAGUCUUGAGGGAGACGCACUAGGUCAGAACGGCUUGGGCUUCAUCUAUUUUCACGGAACAACGAAACGCGAUCGCAAUGUGAAGCUAGCCUUUCAACACUUCAACGAAAGCAGCUAUGGUGGGUCAGCGGACGGCAUGUUCAACCUGGCGUCGGUUUACUUGACUGUUAUGGCAUCAUCCUCAUCAUGAUUCAGCAAUCAUGGGAAAAAUUGAAGUAUCGACUCGCAAUAUGAGUAGGUUCCUUGUGCUGGGCGUCACAUUUUCUGAAUUUCGGUACAUUUGGCGCCGAAGGCGAAGCCUACUAAUUGUUACAAAUUAAUAAAUAUGUGUCAUGCUCAUCUCUAUGUGAUUCCCAUCUAUGCCCUCUCUAACUUAUGCGUUGGCGUCGAACAGAGUUUCCAAAAAGCGGUUCUGUGGUAUACGCAAGCACUCGACAGGGGACACACUCCAGCCGCCUACUCUCUUGCUAUCAUGCAUCUGAACGUACUGACUUGUUUUCAUUCUCGCUUCAGUAGUUGUUGUAGAAUUAGUAGUUUCUUUUGCUUGUUAUUGUUUUCCCCUGAUAAAUAUGAAUAACGAUAACUGUUCAAUCAACAGCAUGUUCAUAUUUUUCGUUACCGUUUCCGUUUCGCCUUAUCCUUGCUGCUCAUUGUGGUUGUAAUGCCCGACUGAAGAUGGACUAAACGAACUACUGUCAAAGCAAUUACUCGAGUAUCAUAUAUGUUGUUCAGAACUUCAGGGCGUCGGCACCGUGCGAGACUGCAGUAUUGCAGUGAACCUGCUGAAGCGAGUUUGCGAGCGCGGUUCCUGGGUGAGCAGUCGGCUGCAAGAGGCUUACGGACUGCAGGAAUUAGAUUCGGGCACCGGCAGCGGUUCAGCUACCUCGAUGGCGACUGGCGGAACCGGAUCCACAAGCUACACAAACGCUGACAUGAGCGCUUUCCUGUUCCUCCAGUUAGCAGAAGCCGGUCACGAAGUGGCGCAGAUGAACUUGGCGCAUCUCUUGGACAUCCAAAAGAGCUCCUUAGCAAUGAGCAACCCAGUAUUUGCGAGAUUCUACGCACAACGAUUCUACGAACUCUCGGCUGACCAAGGCAGCGCAAGUUCGGAACUGAGACUCGGAGAUUACGCCUAUUAUGGCUGGUUGAGGUCGUCGGUACCGCUCUUCGAUAACGGUUCUGCAUUGCCAGCCGGAACUUCCAAAACAGAGAGCGGAGAAAAUGCUAAAAAGCCCAGCAGCAACAAAGGUACAUCUUCUUCUAGCAAAAAAAAGGGAUCAACGGAUCUAACGGACGACGAUGAUGAGCCAGUUGCUGAUAGUGACAUGCUGUCGGGAGAAGAGAUGGAUGCCCUAAGGGAGAUGGGCGUCCGCAAGUUCACCAGCAGAAGCAAGUGGAGCGAAGAAGAGCUCCUCCUCGAGGCCGAAUGGCGCUUUGAAAAAGCAACAUCAGGCGGAAUUGAAAGUUCCAGCUCCGGAGGGACACCACACGCAACCAGACCGCGGUCGAACUCCUUAGUAGCCGACAUAGCACAACGCUUUUACGACGACGACGAAACAUCUAGUGACGAGGAGAAGCUGCAGAACCUUCCAGGAGAUAAUGGGGACAAAAUCGAUAGAACAGAGUCACAGGCCUCAGCCGACGCCGCCGAUAGAACAACAACGUCACAAGUAGAAUCGUCCAGGAGAAAACCUUCAUCCGAGGAGCGCCUGGAGGGCACCCGCACCUCAGAUGGCACUCUUGUCAGGCCAGACGGAACAGAGGUGGAUCUGAGCCCUGUGCCGGUCAGAGACUUCGACAAGCUUGUCGCUGCAACGAAGCAGCCACAAGAGCACUUUGACAAGAUCGCGGCCAGACACAGCCAUCCAAGCGACAUGGAAAGCGCACUGGCUCACUACUGGAAAGUCUCAAAUAUGCAGGUCACAAGCGAAUGGAUGCAGCAUUUCGUUGCCAGAGCGAGCUUCAAUCUUGGUACUUUCUUUGCGAAAAAUUUUCUGAUCUACCACUUCUAUUCAUUGUUAGCAGGUAGCUAUAUAUAUUUACCUGUAGCUCGUGGUCUAGCUGUUCCUGGUGAUUGUGCACAUGCACCUGGGCCAGAGGAAUCGAGAUUUAGUACGACGUCUGCGGUGCUCGUGACCUUGACCUUGAGUUGAAUUAGACGCGAAUUAGUCUGCUCCAAAUUCACAAACACGAACAGGUUUCAUGUACCAAUUUGGGCUGGGCAUACCACAAGAUUUGACUCUAGCAAAGCGCCUGUAUCAGAGAUCUAUCGAGUUGGACCCCGCAACUGUCACAGCGCCUGUGACUAUCGUUGUCAACGCCCUCAGCGUCCAUAAGUGGCUGUUGGAACUUCCGACCAUGUAUGAAAUUUGCACGAGAGUAGUCCGAGACCCCAGAACGCAUGUGCUCAUCCUCUUGGCCACUUUGUUCUUGUCUCUCGUCUACCUCGUCCGGCCAAGAAUAAAGCGGAGGUGGACCGAGCGACAGAAAUGUCGGGAGAGUGAGGAGUUCCAGCAGAUGGUCGCGGACAAGAAAGACAUAGCAGUCGCAACACUGCGGGAAGUAGAGUCGCAAGAGACUGCGCAGAUCGCAGCAGUCGCAAAACAGGCACUCGCAGACCCACGGGUAAAAGGCUAUUUGAAGCAUGUGGAAGCAAGCUUAGACGAUGAUGCAUCGGGAGGAGUAGGCACAAUUACGUCUUCAGGCGCAGCCGCUGCAUCUUCUACGUCUAGUACUUCUUCAUCUAGUAGCGCAGCUGGUGCUGCUCCGGGAGCGGUAGAAGCGCCAGCAGUACUGACCUCUACUGUGCAGGCAGGGAGUACGUCAACAUCGACAGAGGAAACGGGCAAGUCGUGGAUGGCGCAUGCUGCACACAGCGACUUCAUAGUCGGUUCGUCAGCGGUAAUGGAAUCUGCGAAAAAUAGGUCUGCGACGUCGCAACACUCCAUCUCCAAUGAUGAAGAAAAUGAGGAGUAUUACGACCACAAUACAGGCAGAGUUGUGAUGAUGAACAAAAGGACCGGUCUGCCGGUAGAAAAUGCAUUGUCGAGUAAUGCAACAAGAACCUCUAGUUCUAGUAGUCAAUCGGUAGUAGCUGUAGGAGGAUCGUCCGCGUCAUCUACCCCUGGCAGCUCGGCAAUACCAAGUGGGGGCACUGCAACUAGUUCAGUGGCCACAUCAUCACCUUCCAGCACGAUGCUCCAAAAGUCGACGUGUGCAACAACUGAUGGUGGUGUUGGGUGUGGCGGAGUGUUUGAUACCAGCACACCACCUCCAAACGGAGGUGUGGCAACCACUAGUGGUAAUAGUAACGCUGGGCCUUUCGCGGACACGACAACGACGACGGAUAGCAACGCUACUGGCGGUGGAUAUACACUCGGUGGAAAUACGGGUGGACUCGCGGAAAGCAAGCUUUUGGCGACAGAAAAACAGGCCAGCAGCUGA